AUGGACGGCGAGUCGCAGCGCGGGCUGAAGAAGGAGAAGGACGUGCGCCUCAGCAACAUCAUGGCCGCGAAGGCCAUCGCCGACGCCAUCCGCACGUCCCUGGGCCCCCGGGGCAUGGACAAGAUGAUCCAGAAGGGCGACGGCGAGGUGCUCAUCACGAACGACGGCGCGACGAUACUGUCGACGAUGGAGGUGGGCCACCCGACGGCGAAGAUGCUCGUCGAGCUCUCCAAGUCGCAGGACGUCGAAGCGGGCGACGGGACGACGUCC